GUAGCGGUCUGACACACGUGACCUGACCACGUGGGACACCGUUCGCUGCUCUGCAACCACACAAAUGACCCACGCGGCAUUUCCCAUCCCUCUGCGUGCUUACCCUGAACCACGCGGCUCGAUAGCCCUAGGAGUUUGACUUGUGUGAGUUAGGCUGCUGUUAGUUUCCCGCCUUUUCCCCAGGUGAUAGUUAGGUAAUCUGCGUGCGAACCUGCUAGCCACGUGGCUCACGUAUUUCGUUGGUAAUUGAAGACUAGGAUGAUUCAGUGUCAUUAGGAUCAUAUCAUAUCUGGUAUUUCGUGCGUGAAGUAGGUCUGUACGCGAUCCGAUAGUUUGCGUCUCCGUCGCGUGCUGCGGAAGGCCAGUAGCUAAUUUUAUAUUUAGCCUGUAGAUCCUUUUAUUCUAUACUGAGCCGGUUUACAGCGAUAAACAUUUUUUUUUUCGAUGGAGAAGGAUAUGCAUGAAGUGUCGAACCUUAUAACGGAUGGCGAGGGCGGCGCGAAGGUGGUGGCGGGGAGGAAAGCCCCGACAGUCAUCGCACAGACGGAGCGUCGCGACAGAAAAGUCGUCGCAGCCGUCAAGGCGUUGGCGUCGCAGCCGUCGCAGAGGGGUUUCGUCGCGGAAGGGAUGUCGGUGACGUGGACACGGCUACAGUACUCCGUGCCUUCAACCAAUUCCAAGUGGUGCUGCCUGCGCGCGGAGGACGACGCCACCAUCUACCGCAAGAAGGUCAUGAUGAACGUCACAGGGGGCGUGGCGCCGGGCAACCUGCUGGCCGUCAUGGGUCCCGAAGGCUCGGGCAAGUCCCUUCUUCUUCACAUGCUGGCGGGACGGCUGCAGGACGACCCCAACUUCCGGGGCAGCAUCGAUCCCGAAGGCUCGGGCAAGUCCCUUCUUCUUCACAUGCUGGCGGGACGGCUGCAGGACGACCCCAACUUCCGGGGCAGCAUCGAUCCCGAAGGCUCGGGCAAGUCCCUUCUUCUUCACAUGCUGGCGGGACGGCUGCAGGACGACCCCAACUUCCGGGGCAGCAUCGAUCCCGAAGGCUCGGGCAAGUCCCUUCUUCUUCACAUGCUGGCGGGACGGCUGCAGGACGACCCCAACUUCCGGGGCAGCAUCGAGUUCAGCGGAAAGCCGUUCGGGGCGACGCUGAGGCGAGAGAUCGGGUUCGUGGAGAACGACGUGGACCUGCAGGCCAAUCUGACGGUGAAGGAGACGCUCAUGUUCGCGGCCAUGCUGCGGCUGCCAGAGGGCACAGAGGAGAUCGACCAGAUAGUUCGUGUGGAGCACGUGCUGGACUCCCUCGAGCUCACACACUGUGCGGACAAGGUGAUAGGGCGCACGGGGCGCAACGCUGUGCUGUACAACGAGCUUAGGCGGCUGGCCAUCGGCGUGCAGAUGAUCGUCAACCCGCCGCUGCUGCUGCUGGACGAGCCGACAUCAGGUCUCGAUGGAGCUAUGGCCCUCCGCAUUACACGAGCCCUGCACUCAUACGCCUUAGCCGGCCGAUCCGUAGUAGCCACCAUGAAGCAGCCAUCCGCCAAGAUGUUCUCCCUCUUCACGCAUCUGCUGCUCAUCACCGACGGUAACCCCAUCUUCUUUGGCGCAGCGGGCGCUGCUCUACCCUACUUUGACUCCAUCGGCUACACCAUGGGAGCUGAUACAAGCGCUGCCGAAUUCUUUCUGGAUCUGACAGCCCCCGAAGCAGCAGAUGCGUCCAUUCACUUCGGCACGUCCACCAACCUCAUCCGCCUCUGGGCCACCGGGGACGCUGCCAGGGAGAUAGAGCGGGCUGCCAUGCCCUCGACAGCUGCCACAGUGUCCCAGGCGUCUGCUAAAAGCGGGGAGGGGGGUGAGGGUCAGGGGAAUGGGGAUGUGGAGGUGGGGGAGGGAGUGGGGGAGGGUACUAGAGUGAGGGAUGUCGAUGCGAGUAUGGACUGGAGGGGAGUGAGUGGGGGGGGGGAGGGGGAAUCGGAGGUGGCGGACGAGGAGGAGGAGGGAGUGGGAAGAGGUGGGUAACGUCGUGGGGUUUGCAGUUUCGGGUGCUGGCGCAGCGGCACCUGCUGUCGUACCGGGUGGUGAAUCAGGACUGGAUAUUUGUGGCUGUUGUGGCGGUCAGCCUGCUCGUUUGCACCUUAUUGCCAGGUGAGGCAUGCUGGCAGGUGAGACUGGUAGAGACCCUAUGGCACGUGCGGUCGUACCGGGUGGUGAAUCAGGACUGGAUAUUUGUGGCCGUCGUGGCGGUCAGCCUGCUCGUUUGCACCUUAUUGCCAGGUGAGGCAUGCUGGCAGGUGAGACUGGAAGAGACCCUAGGGCACCUGCUGUCGUACCGGGUGGUGAAUCAGGACUGGAUAUUUGUGGCCGUCGUGGCGGUCAGCCUGCUCGUUUGCACCUUAUUGCCAGGUGAGGCAUGCUGGCAGGUGAGACUGGAAGAGACCCUAGGGCACCUGCUGUCGUACCGGGUGGUGAAUCAGGACUGGAUAUUUGUGGCCGUCGUGGCGGUCAGCCUGCUCGUUUGCACCUUAUUGCCAGGUGAGGCAUGCUGGCAGGUGAGACUGGUAGAGACCCUAGGGCACCUGCUGUCGUACCGGGUGGUGAAUCAGGACUGGAUAUUUGUGGCCGUCGUGGCGGUCAGCCUGCUCGUUUGCACCUUAUUGCCAGGUGAGGCAUGCUGGCAGGUGAGACUGGUAGAGACCCUAGGGCACGUGCGGUCGUACCGGGUGGUGAAUCAGGACUGGAUAUUUGUGGCCGUCGUGGCGGUCAGCCUGCUCGUUUGCACCUUAUUGCCAGGUGAGGCAUGCUGGCAGGUGAGACUGGUAGAGACCCUAGGGCACCUGCUGUCGUACCGGGUGGUGAAUCAGGACUGGAUAUUUGUGGCCGUCGUGGCGGUCAGCCUGCUCGUUUGCACCUUAUUGCCAGGUGAGGCAUGCUGGCAGGUGAGACUGGAAGAGACCCUAGGGCACCUGCUGUCGUACCGGGUGGUGAAUCAGGACUGGAUAUUUGUGGCCGUCGUGGCGGUCAGCCUGCUCGUUUGCACCUUAUUGCCAGGUGAGGCAUGCUGGCAGGUGAGACUGGUAGAGACCCUAGGGCACGUGCGGUCGUACCGGGUGGUGAAUCAGGACUGGAUAUUUGUGGCCGUCGUGGCGGUCAGCCUGCUCGUUUGCACCUUAUUGCCAGGUGAGGCAUGCUGGCAGGUGAGACUGGUAGAGACCCUAGGGCACGUGCGGUCGUACCGGGUGGUGAAUCAGGACUGGAUAUUUGUGGCCGUCGUGGCGGUCAGCCUGCUCGUUUGCACCUUAUUGCCAGGUGAGGCAUGCUGGCAGGUGAGACUGGUAGAGACCCUAGGGCACGUGCUGUCGUACCGGGUGGUGAAUCAGGACUGGAUAUUUGUGGCCGUCGUGGCGGUCAGCCUGCUCGUUUGCACCUUAUUGCCAGGUGAGGCAUGCUGGCAGGUGAGACUGGUAGAGACCCUAGGGCACCUGCUGUCGUACCGGGUGGUGAAUCAGGACUGGAUAUUUGUGGCCGUCGUGGCGGUCAGCCUGCUCGUUUGCACCUUAUUGCCAGGUGAGGCAUGCUGGCAGGUGAGACUGGUAGAGACCCUAGGGCACCUGCUGUCGUACCGGGUGGUGAAUCAGGACUGGAUAUUUGUGGCCGUCGUGGCGGUCAGCCUUUUCGUCUGCACCUUGCUGCCUGGUGAGGCAUGCUGGCAGGUGAGAGUGGUUGACGCACUAAGGCGCAGCUGCAGCUGCGGUCGUACCGAGAGGUGAAUCAAGCAGACUAGAUGUUCAAGGAUCAUCCUCAUCCUCCCCAUCCCCCUCAUCCCCCCAUCCCCCUCAUCCCCCCAUCCCC